GGAUAUAUUUCUGAAGGGGUUGAUGCUUCUCCAGAGUCAACCCCCAACAUAAAUAUGGUAGACAGGACUAUCUCAACCAUAUCGGUGUAUUCUCAGACUAACUUUCGUUUCUUGAUGCAACCCCUCUGGUUCAGCAGCCUGAUUUUCUGCACUGCAAGUCUAAUGUUGAUGCUGGUAGCCUUGUUCACCCCUUACUGGGUGACCGAAAGUACGCCUCACGGUCUGCUUCAUGGGGGUCUCUGGAGUAUUUGCUUAGAUCCAAAUUGUGACUUUUAUCCAGUUAACCUAGCAUGGUUUGUCCACACUGCCAGGACUUUCCUGGUGCUCGGAACAAUCUGUGGCUUCCUGGCUUGGUGCUGUGUCUCUUUUUCUUUUCUUCGUACCCAAGUCAGCUCAGUCUCCCUGGUCCUGCUCGCCUCUAUCUUCAGCAUCACAGCAGGUACUCUCUUCUUACUUGGCAUGUGCAUAUUCACAUAUAUAUACAGGAACAGCAGGCCUUAUACACAGCAUUUAAUUAUCUUUGGGUCCUCCUACAGCUUGGCCUGGGCUUGCAUUCCAAUGUUCAUCAUAACAGGUGCUUUACUGAUGAAGACGCAUCGUAUUCUCUUCCAGUGAUCCUGUCCAACUAGCCAUGAUAGUCACCAAGGAAUGCUUCUGUAUGAUUUUCACCCCUUUGGUUGUCUUGGCUAGAAAGAACAUAGCCUCAUCCUAGGAAUGAGGUCACAGUUACAAUAUUCCUGUGCCUUAGUUGGAAAUAUACUAAGUAUGUCCUAUGAA